AUGAACAUCAAAUCAAACGCUGCUGCCCUCAUCGCACUGGUGCUGGCCUCCAGUGCAAAGGCCGCUUUGUUGGACGAUAUCAUUCAGCCUCAGGCUCCUCCCGCUGCUGGUGCAGACCCCACUACUCCUAUUAUCCCAUCACCGCCAGGAACAGGCACCAACACCACCGCUGGUACUUCUACUUCUGCCACCCUCCCUACUGCUUCUACAGUCCCAGUUAUUCCACCCGCCAAUCAAACUACUGCCGUUAUCACCACUCCACCUGUCGCACCAACAACCGGUGCCAUCACGACUUCCAGACCACUUUCAUCAACUACGCUUUCUGUCACUGCGACCGCGACCACUUCGAUCUCGCCCACCCCUACUCAGACUCCCAAGGAUUCUGGUGGCAGCAGCACUCAAUUGGCCACCGCUGGUAUUGUUGUUGGUGCAGUUGUCGUCGCUGCCGCUAUUGGUAUCUGGGUCUUCAGAAAGUGGAAGCUCUCGCCAUCGCGGGAUUUCCAAUCCAAGAUUCGCGGAGACGAUUAUGCAGACACGGAUUACCCUCGCUCGUACGAGAACGAUACAGUGCGCCUGCAUCACAUGAAUGACCAGCCCGCCGAACCUGCUGCUGCCAAAUCGCCUUACAGUGCCAAUACCGCCUUCCCUGUGGAGGACCAGUACUACGAUGCCAACUAUGCUUCCAAGGACCAAUCCGGCGGAUACGGUCAACCGGGCUACAACGACUAUGGCCGCGGAGCUGCACCCGGAUACGACCAAGGAGGCUACGACCACGGCUACACCGAUCACAACAACCACAACAACUAUGGACACGACGGUUACGCUCAGUCGAACGCUGGAGGAUACGGAAAUGACAACUAUGCCCAGUCCCAGGUGGGCGGUGGCUAUGGAGGAAGCCAGGGCGGGUAUGCAGCCUCGCAAGUCGGAGGUGGAUACCAGCAGCACGGAGGAUACGAUGAGUAUGCGCGUCGCUAA